GGGCAGGGACAUCCCUGCUGGGUUUGUGCUUUCUCCCAGCUCCUUUAGUGCAGAGCCCUUCAAUUCUUGCUGCUUUCUCACAGGUCUGGAGUUGUCUCACUGUGUUGGGACCAACCCGCUGGGUCCUGCUGGGCCUUGGAGGUCGGGGGGGCCCUGCAAGAUGAAGAGAGUCCGCACGGUCUUCAAACCAGAGCAGCUGGAGCGGCUGGAGCAGGAGUUCCUCAAGCAGCAGUACAUGGUGGGCACGGAGAGGGUGGACCUGGCUGCAACUCUGCAUCUCACAGAGACCCAGGUCAAAGUCUGGUUCCAGAACCGGAGGAUCAAGUGGAGGAAGCAGAGCAUGGAGCAGAAGGCGGCAAAGCUGUCGCAGUUUGGGGUGAUCCAGCCUGCGAGCGCCGACUCCACCGGCAGCAAGGACCACGAGGAGGACCCCGUGGACGUGGAGCUUUGAACAGCCGAGGAGACUGGGCUGGUUUUUGAUGCCUGGGGACGUGUCUGUGCUGCUUUGGUCCAAGUGAGACUGAUCUGAGAGCUGGAGCUACAGGACUGAACUGCAGCUGGCUGGAAGGAACCCCCCAGGUUUCACUGGCUGCUGCUCGGUAGCCAAGUGCUGUAAUUCCUCAUCACUUAGUGGCAGGUGAUCUCCUGUUUGCUCAUGAAGCACCAGGACACACAAACAGUUUCCAGCAGAGAGGCUGGGGUGACAAUCAGGGUGUCUCUGGUGCUGGGGUGACAAUCAGGGUGAUUCUGAUGUUGGGGUGACAAUCUGCUGGUUUCUGUGGUGUGGGGGUGACAAUCAGAGGGUUACUUUGCAGCUGGGGUGACAAUCAGAGGAUGAUUUUGAUGCUGGGGUGACAAUCAGAGAGUCUCUGAUGCUGAGCAGGCAAUGGGAUCUGUCUCUGAUGGCUCUGAGCACAAGGACAUUUCAAACCAGCCCGGGUCACUGAUGUGUGGCUGUGUGCUCCAAGGAGGAAGGAGGAGAAUCUCCCUGAUGGCUUUUUCUUCUCAACUUGACCCCCAUGUUUGAUGUUCAGACCAAUCACAACCAAAAUACCCCAAAAGGGGAAGCCCUUUCUCUGUGCUGCCACGCACAGACUCCUGAGGAGCAGCGUCCGAGCCUGCCCUGGAGCAGAAGUGCCUCCUCCUGUCAGUGCCUUGCUGUAUCCGUGCCUUUUCCAGGGCUCCCCAGACCUGGAUCCAGCCCCGGGUGCUGCGUGUCCCCUGGCACUGCUGUCCCUGCCCAGGGUGUGCGUGUGCUGCUGCUGCUGCAGGGAGCUGCCCCGGGGCUGCCCAAGCUGCAGGGCUGCUGGAGGCUGCAGUAAAAAGCAGCUCCCACACCUCAGCUGCUGCAGCACAGGGCCCCCUGCCCCGCGGCCAGAUGUGCCACUGUGGCCCAGACACAGCUGCUGCUCUGUUCUCUCCUCAUUAUCCCUGCAGGUGCCCUGGGACGCAGCACCCGGAGCGCUCCGAGCACAUCUGGAGCAGCCCGAUGCGGUUAA